UUUCACAAUACCAUUCUGCAAUUGCAUAUUCAUCAAUAUGGAGAGGAAGCAUCUUUCCACUAUUGCUAACCACGUUAUUGGAACCUGCGCCCAAAAGCUGGACACCUCUGUUGAUAAUCUAGUUGAAGAAUUCGAGAGAGGAUGGAAGCCUCAGAUGGAUGGAUACUCAAAGAAACUAGUAGACUUCUGCUGUUCCAAAGCACUUGCCCUCAUGUGUGGGUGUGGCACCAUUGAUGAAACAAUCAGUGACGGCUCAUUCAGCCGCCUCACUUUUGAUAUGAUGCUUGCUUGGGAGAUGCCAAGCUCCUCAGAUGAAGAAUCUCACUCUGAGUCUGUGGCGAAAGCGAGAGAGGAGAGGAAGGCUCCCUCAGUUAUCAACCAACUACAGGAUGAUGUUUCUCUUUUCUAUACAGAUCUCAUGCCACUCCUAGUUGAUCGAGAGCCAAGUGCUGGAGAGGAUGCAUUUGUAUGGCUGGGGAAACAUGUUCCUUUGGUUGUAGACAUUGUCAAUGGAAGAUUUACUUAUGAGACAUUGACUGCUGCUACCGCAAAUCGCCUUCAUUUUCCAGCAUACGACAUUUUCUUGAAAGAGAUCCAGAGAUGUAUAAAGCAUUUACAGAAGCAAGACACUCCAACGGGUGUGGAGUUAGCAGACUAUGAAUUUAUAUUGCACGUCGAGGGAACUGCAAGUUCUGACAGGGUGGUGCGCCAUAUUGGGGGAACAAGUUGGCCAGGCAGGUUGACACUGACAAACUACGCACUCUACUUUGAGGCCUCGGGAAUCGUGUCAUAUGAAGAUGCAGUAAAACUCGAUCUUUCAAAGGACCUUCAGCAGAGUGUAAAACCUACAGCUACCGGUCCUUGGGGUGCUCCCCUUUUCGACAAAGCUAUAGUUUAUGAAUCUUCUGAAUUGAAAGAGGGCGUCGUCUUAGAGUUCCCUGAGAUGACGAGCUCGACAAGACGCGACCAUUGGCUUGCUCUCGUGGAGGAGAUCAUGCUUCUGCACCAGUUUCUGCUCAAGUUCAAGGUGAAUUCAGAAGAACAAGCGUGGGAACUGCACGCGAGGACCAUAUUAGGGAUCACUCGACUUCAUGCAGCACGAGAAAUGCUCAGAAUUUCACCUCCAGAGCCAAAGAGCUUCUUAAUAUUUUCCUUACUGGAUGAGCUUCCAAAGGGGGAUUACAUACUGCAGGAGCUCUCCGAUAGUCUGAAAGCAACCACUGGUGGAAAUCCAUGCAGUGCCAGUUCAAUUCUCAUGAAUUUGAAUGUCGCUCGAUCCUGCAUCCCUUGCCUAGAGCCGAACCAGAUCACUAGUGACAGUGGAAUGGUGCAGCCAGAAAACCUGUCAUUACUGGAGGACGCUAUAAACCAAUCGAGAGAGGAAGCCAAAGAAGUUGACGUGGCCAAAGCUUCAGCUGAGGUUCUAAAAGAGGAAGGAAUCAGUGAAAGUUCCAUGGUUCUUAUGGGUCUGCUUACUCCAUGUAUAAGUUUAAUCACCCGGGGCCAACAAGCUCUGCAAUGGGAACGGCCUUUGAUCACUGCCACUCUGGUUUUUUCUUCACUGAUAAUCAUCUACAAAGAAUGGGUCGGCCCUGCUAUAUCUGCGUUAUUGUUGUGGAUAGUCUCAAAGAUGCUACAGGUCAGAAGGAGAGGACUCCCACAAAAGGAGAACAAAAUUGUCAUCUAUGCUGGAUCCGAUCAGACGACGAUGGAGAGUAUAGUAACUGCACAACAGGGACUAAGAACCGUGCACGAGACAAUGAAGCAGAUAAAUAUAACAAUGCUCAAAAUCUGGUCAAUACUGACCUCAGAAGCUCCAAAGCACACGAACACGGUGAUGGUGGCCACAGGUUGCUGUGCGGUCAUACUGGCUGUGAUCCCGUUCAAAUAUAUCCUAAUGGCCGGUGUAGUGUAUAGUGCUGUGAUGACAUCAAAAGUUGGGAGGUCCAUGCAGAAUGACCAAAGCAAUCGGCGAAUGAGGGAAUGGUGGGACUCCAUUCCGAUCAUCCCUGUUGAGUUCACAGACAACGAAGCUUCAGCAACGAUCUGAUUGAGAGCAGGUUGCCGGAGAUGUUAUAUUGCUGUAGUUUAUAGAACAGUUCUGUUUUUCGAGGCUCUCCCCCCUUUGUAUUGCACAGAAGAAUGUUUGAUGUUUUAAGUUCUACACGGAUGACUUAUAAGACAA